CCUCAACUCUGCCCUUCUAACUUCUCACACUGGUUUUAAUAAUUUCGAUUCGAGAGUCUGCCUUCGAUCGGCCAGGCAGAGGAUGAGUUACCAGCAUAUUCAUCAUUCUCCUCAAGGGUUUGGAGGACCUUUUCCAUCAGCAGUGCCACCACCGGGGUUUCCUUAUGACGCACCGCCACCUCCACCGCCACCGCCAUCCCGACCUGGGCCUGGGUACCAGGAUUACUUCACUGAAGGCUACAACCAGCCUCCACAGCCCACCUAUGAACACACCCACCACUACCGCUAUGGGGAUGAUUUCCGGGGGCGGUGUUGGUCAUUCUGCAGAGGAUGUUGUGCUGCACUUUGCUGCUGCUGUAUGUUGGAAGAGUGCUGCCUUUAAGUUGUGCUGCUGUGUAAUGGAGGAGUGGUGCUGCUGCUGCUGCUGCUUCUAGGGUUUGAUGGCUCUGGUGAUGUAUGUAAACAUGCUGUCUACUGAUGCCUAUGCUGUAAUCAGUCUUUUAAACUUCUAAACCUACAUUUUCUGAUGAAAUUCUGCAUCCUUUGAAUAAAUAUUUCAUAUGUAAAUGCAUCCAAUAAUUUAAUCAAAUAUAUGUUGUUGGAAAAUGCUGAGGAAUCGAAAA